AUGUCGACGACCAUGCUGCGCACUAGCGCUGUCCGUUCGAUCCCGCGCUCCUACACCUCGUUCCAAGCUACAACCCCGCGAACAAGCGUCCUCAACAAUGCCUUGAAAGCCUCGCUGCGGACCUCUGCUCGUCCUGUACGGACCUCUCGUAUCGUCGCCGUCGCCGCGUUCCAGCCAGUUCCGAGGGCCUUGGUACGCUACGCCCACAACGCCCACGCUUAUGACACGGCAAAGGCAGAAAAGGCACUGCAUGAAAAGAUUUUGCAACCAGUCCCACAAGCAGUCUCUGCUGACUCGACGACUCGACAAGUCACUGGGGAAGUGCAGAGCAAGACUGCCGACGAGGAGGAUGUGGAUAUGAUGGGCGGUAUUCGAAGUGACUUUAACACGAUCAAAGAGACAUUUAGCUUGUCCGCAGUGCCUCGUGAAGCUCUUUAUGUCGGUCUGGCAGGUGUCAUCCCAUACCUGGCUACGUCUCUGACCACCGUAUACCUCUCGUUCGAUAUUCAAUAUGCGGCCACCCACGGCCAGGGAUUUUUCAUGUCUGGCGAGACAGCCGAGACAUUGCUGCACAUCAUUGAGCCAAUCCAGCUCGGUUAUGGUGCCUCGAUCAUCUCUUUCCUUGGUGCCAUCCACUGGGGUCUUGAAUGGGCCGGCUACGGUGGUUACAAAGGAUAUCCGAGAUACUCCAUGGGUAUCGUUGCCACUGCUGUAGCAUGGCCAACACUUCUCCUCCCUGCAGAGGUUGGCUUGAUUGCCCAGUUCAUGGCAUUUACCUUUUUGUACUACAAUGAUGCCAGAGCUUCUGCUCGAGGCUGGGCUCCUCAGUGGUACGGAGUCUACCGAUUUGUUCUCACUUUCAUUGUCGGUGCCAGUAUCGUGGCUUCGUUGAUCGGCCGUGGCCAAAUCGCUGAUUUGGUCACCCGACCUCCGGGACCUGCCGACAGAAUGAGGGAACUCAGGGCCAGACAGCUGGAAGAAAUUGGACCCGAACCAGUGGGUAGCGAUGAAGAAGAGGAGGAAGAAGGUGGUGAGGAGGACGAGGAAUAG